CGGAUACAGCUGGGUAUGUGCGUAAAGAAAAGACCUCACGUCACGUGACCGUUACUCACAGACCCAUCAUUUGGGGAAUAACGAGAGAUAAUAAUCUCACCAAGCGCCAGAAUUGUCUGUUUGCAUGCAGUGAAUUUCAAUGCAGAAUAACCCAUAGGAUGGUAUUUAAACGAACGGAAAAAUUGUAGCGACACUGUGGGACUACACGGGAGGUUUGGUUUUGAAGGCUUGAAGGCUGUGCACCUGUUUACAAGAGGAGGAAGAAUCCUGAGCAGUCAUCAUGGCAGAAAACAACUUCCCCCCUUUGCCGCGGUUCAUCCCCCUGAAGCCGUGUUUUUACCAAGACUUCAACGAGAUCCCGGACCAGCGUCGCACCAUGUGCAAAAGGCUGUACUACUUGUGGAUCUUGAAUAGCGCCACGCUGGCCGUUAAUCUGAUUGGCUGCCUGGCGUGGAUGUGUGGAGGUGGCGGAGCGACCAACUUUGGCAUGGCCUUCCUGUGGCUCAUCCUCUUCACGCCGUGCUCCUAUGUGUGCUGGUUCAGGCCCAUCUACAAAGCCUUCAAGACCGACAGCUCUUUCAACUUCAUGGCUUUCUUCUUCGUCUUCAUGGCCCAGGUGGUGAUCAGCAUUAUCCAGACUGUUGGAAUUCCAGGUUGGGGAGUGUGCGGCUGGUUGGCUACGAUCACCUUCUUCAGCACCAACAUUGGCUCAGCUGUGGUGAUGCUGAUUCCCACCAUCAUGUUUACUGCAGUGGCCGUGCUCUCCUUCAUCGCUCUAUCAAAGGUUCAUAACUUCUACCGUGGCAGCGGGGGCAGUCUGGGUAAGGCCCAGGAGGAGUGGACCACCGGGGCCUGGAAGAACCCCCACGUCCAGCAGGCCGCCCAGCAGGCCGCCCAGCAGGCCGCCAUGGAGGCCGCGCAUGGAGCGAUGUAGCAGAACCGAUACCCAUCAGCUCCCACACGCAGCCACGACGGCCCGAUGUAGGACAGAGGAGGGGAGCGGGCUGCCGCGUGGGACAGGCCAAAAGGGAUCAAUUAAGAACACAUUUCAGAAUUAGGUGCCCUUCAUUGCAACACUUCACAUGUUGAUUUCAAACAGAACAUCGUAGAGAAAUGAAGCAUCCUUUAAUGAGUUGUCAUUCGUUACUAGAUAUAAAAACUUGCUUUUUUACUUUUUCUCUCUGCUCAGUUUCAGCUCAUCCGUGUGUGUUAUAGCUAAAACCAGCUUCAUCAGAUUCUAUGUUCAGCACAGGGUUCUUCUGCUUCUCUGCCUCGACCUUUAAUGUGCUUUUAGAUACUGUAACAGCCAUAAUGUUAGAGUUCGUCUUAUUUAGCUUUGAGGCGAGAGGGUCACCAAGCAAAACUGCUCCUUGGCUCACUAUACGCGUAAAAUCAAAAUUCAAAUGAAAUAAGAAUAAACGAGCCAGAAGAUAUUUACUUGGAAUUUGAAUCCUAGAGACAACAUUUUUCAGUCCAUGGUUUGGUGACCUGGUUGUUUUUCUCUCUUCUACUGACGACAACCUUCAGUUUGUUCCACUAUGUUUUACAUUCUCAGGAAAUACGCAACAGCUGGUUUUGAACUCUCCAUGUACCUUUGGUCUUCGCUAACCGUAUGUUAAAACAUGUUAACGUGAAGCACAUGCAGUAUUUUGGAUACGACAUUCCAAAUCAACGAUGUUCAGCUUAAAAAGUGAAAGAAAUUCAAAACACUGGGAGGUUGAACAUGUGGUAAGUGUUAAUAAUCAUUGUUGUAGGUGCUCAUAGCGUCGUAUGAAGUGAUGGAUGUUUACCCACUAACCCCCUACAUGUAAAUGCUUAAAUGGCUACUUACUCUGAAGCUGUGGAUUUCAGGCCUUAGUCUGUCAUUUUGUGGCGCUUGAUGUUAUUCCAUGACUAGGUGUACAAUGAUAUUUAUAUAAAGGACAAGACAAUUAUUUCUUUAUGAAGUGAAACUGAAGGAAUAUGUGUGUGUAGCCCUUGUGAGGCCUGGUGUGUUCAGUCAGAGUCGCGUGAAAAGGUUUUUUUGCCUCAUGUCUUCUUUGAAAACUUCAAGAUUCAAUAGAUGGUUAUUCCAGUAAAACAGUGUUAGACUUGAAACCUAUGUGAAGAUGUGUACCUGAAUGCCUGUUACUUCAGAACCCGUGAGUCGUCCUGUCUGAUUGUGUUGAUGUGUUAUUCAAUAUGAUGUUUGUUGUUUUACUUUUGGGUUGUUGUUUUUUGUAUUUUUUUGUGUAUCUGGAUGGCGUGUGCCUGAGGGUGAUGCAGGUGGUCGCUGUGUCGUUCCAUGGCUGUGGAGAACAGACAAAUGUUUUUUUUUAUUUUUUUAAUUUUGGAAUACAAUACAAAUUAUAAAUUAUGGUGGAGCAUUAUUAACAAAAUAUUAAAUUCUAUUAGACGUGGGCGCUAGUGUGCAGGUGUCAAAUAUAGACCAGAAUAUGAUGCAUAGAGCUGGAGAACACUAGUGCGGUUUUAUAAUUGUCACCAGCAGAUGCACACACAGUAGUUACUCAACAGAACCCUGGAAACUACGGCUCACGCUCAUCGUCUCUUAGUCAAUGCACAAAGUUUAGCUGAUCAGAUUCAUAAAUUAGGUGUGAAGUUAUGCACAAAGACAAACACAAGCACCUUUUCUCUGUAAGUAGUGACUAAUCGGUCAGAAGAGCUGUAAAUACAACACAGCGUGUGACAAAUUAAUGCUGUGUAAUUAAUGUGUUGCAGGGACUUUAGUGGAUUUCAUAACGCUGUAUCAAAGCUUCUGAGCCAUUUUCCUACAUAUUCCCACAUGUAUUGUAUGUUUGAUAUGUAUAAUCAUGUACUAUAUGGUAAGUAAAUAUAAAUACACAAUUACUUGAGGUAAAUAUUAGCCAUGGAUUAACACAUUCAGUAGGAACAUGAUCUUCGUCAGUGAGUGAGUCGUUUGAAGAGACUGUGUCUCAUGAGUGAAGUUAAUGAGGAAUACAAAAUACAACUUUGUGUAUUACUUUUGUAUUAUUUGGUCUUAUCCUAAUAGAUAUUAAACAGUUCUUGUUGCA